GAGGCUGGGCUCUUCCAAACAUUUAGAUACGAGGUCCACUCUACGACGGGGUAGUGACUCUCACUCCUCAACUCAAGAGGCAGCUCUAGAGGCAGCUCUAGAGGCAGCUCAAGAGUCAGCUCUAGAGGUAGCUUUAGAGGCAGCUCAAGAGGCAGCUCUAGAGGCAGCUCUAGAGGCAGCUCAAGAGGCAGCUCAAGAGGCAGCUCUAGAGGCAGCUCUAGAGGCAGCUCUAGAGGCAGCUCAAGAGGCAGCUCAAGAGGCAGCUCUAGAGGCAGCUCUAGAGGCAGCUCUAGAGGCAGCUCAAGAGGCAGCUCUAGAGGCAGCUCUAGAGGCAGCUCAAGAGGCAGCUCUAGAGGCAGCUCUAGAGGCAGCUCAAGAGGCAGCUCAAGAGGCAGCUCUAGAGGCAGCUCAAGAGGCAGCUCUAGAGGCAGCUCUAGAGGCAGCUCAAGAGGCAGCUCAAGAGGCAGCUCAGGAGGCAGCUCAAGAGGCAGCUCAAGAGGCAGCUCUAGAGGCAGCUCUAGAGGUAGCUCUAGAGGCAGCUCAAGAGGCAGCUCUAGAGGCAGCUCUAGAGGCAGCUCUAGAGGCAGCUCAAGAGGCAGCUCAAGAGGCAGCUCUAGAGGCAGCUCUAGAGGCAGCUCUAGAGGCAGCUCAAGAGGCAGCUCAAGAGGCAGCUCUAGAGGCAGCUCAAGAGGCAGCUCAAGAGGCAGCUCAAGAGGCAGCUCUAGAGGCAGCUCUAGAGGCAGCUCUAGAGGCAGCUCAAGAGGCAGCUCUAGAGGCAGCUCAAGAGGCAGCUCUAGAGGCAGCUCUAGAGGCAGCUCUAGAGGCAGCUCUAGAGGCAGCUCAAGAGGCAGCUCUAGAGGCAGCUCUAGAGGCAGAUCUAGAAUCAGCUCUAGAGGCAGCUCAAGAGCAGCUCUAG